CCCUGAAAUCAACAACCAGUCACAUAAUUUGUAGAGAUUUUAAAAGUUAAUUUGUUAUUUCUUUAUAUUGAUAAUGCGGCAGACAUUAACAUUACUGUUCAAAAAAACCGUCAAUGGACACAUAUUUCGUGGCAAAAAUCGUUUAGUUAAACGUGUGACAGCUAAUGCGGUGCAAACUCUCAGACAAGAUUACGAGCGAACAGAGCAUAACAUGGCACUGCUCCUGAACCCUUAUUUAACACUCGAACAGUCGUCGGGGCAUGCCAAGGAAUUGCAAAAGAAAGCGGCUACCAUCAGUAAAUGGAAAGAACAGCAACUGAAAAUGAAAGCUCACAUUACGGUGGCGGACAGGCUACAGUGCCUGAAUGUGAAAAAUGCUUGGGAUUAAUGUUAAAGCAUCAUUUUUGGUUUGAAAAUAAAUAGUAAGCUAGUCUAAUCUGA